AUGAAGACGUUACUUUCAAUCCUGUCGCAUGUGGUGCACGGCUACGUGGGCAACAGAGCAAUCACAUUCCCCUUGCAGUAUAUGGGGUGGGAUGUAGAUGCAAUCAACACCACCAAUUUCUCGAAUCACCCCGGCUACGGCUCGUUCCAAGGCUCGAAGGCUAGUGAAGCUUCAAUUGAGCAAGUCAUUCAUGGACUAGCUGCCAUUCUCGACUUGGGAGGUUUUGAUUUGAUCUUGACUGGUUACUGUCCCAAUGCUGAUGUGUUACUAAUGGUCAAGGAAAAGAUUGUGGAAGUUUUACUGGCACGGACACUGCGGGGCAGCAGUAGCAGUAGCGGUAAACCACACUGGGUCGUGGACCCCGUGUUGGGAGAUAAUGGCAAACUAUACGUGCUGGAGGAAGUGAUCCCGGUAUAUAAAGAGAUAUUGUCGACUGGUUUGGUGUCCUUGAUCACGCCGAAUCAGUUUGAGUUUGAAACGUUGAGCGGAUCCAAGAUUAGCGACUGGCCAAGCUGCAAAGAUGCAUUGGAGAGGUUUUCCACCGAGUAUCAAGUGGCAAACAUUGUGAUUUCCUCGGUGGCAAUUGAGAACCAACUCUAUUGUGUUGCGUACAGCCUGCCGCAUUCUUUUUCCCACUUACCGAUAAAGAGGAUAGAUUGCCAUUUCAACGGCUGUGGCGACUUGUUCACUGCCUUGGUUGCUGAUGAGUUUCACAACGAUGGGCACCUCAUUACUCCGCAAGGGCUAGCGAAGGUAUUGAGUAAACUACACAAUAUCUUGAAAUUGAGCUAUGAUAUAGAAGUCAAGUCAACAGGGCAGGCACCCAAGCUUGUUAAAGAUAUCAAGCUAGUUGCAGCAAAGGACUUUCUACUAGAAGAAUAA